AUGGACCGGACUCGAAGCAAUUACCUCCUCUUCCCCAUGGGUUGCCUCUUAAUAAUAUCUGGCGUCUUCUUAUUUCUGCACGGCUUUCUCCUCACAAGAUCAGAACUUAACACCGUAGCAGCAACCACCCCGGAUGCCGUAAACCCACCAGAAUUCAACCGUUUUGUCCUCCUACUCGUGGAUGGACUCUUCUUCGGCCUCCUGCCCAACUCUUCUCAACAACCAACCCAGAAUGACAGGAUGCCCUACUUGACGCGUCUUUUGCACAGGUCACACCAGACCGCAGUGCCGACACUCCAGCUCUACCACUUUAUGGCCGAUCCACCAACCACAACACUGCAGCGUCUGAAGGCCCUAGUCACGGGCAGUAUGCCGACUUUCAUUGACGCGGGCUCCAACUUUGGUGGCACUGAACUUCAGGAGGAUAACCUGGUGAAGCAGUGGUCGAGGGCCGGCCAAAAGAUCUGCUUUGUUGGCGACCAGGUCUGGACGGAACUAAUGCCAACUGGGUUCAAUGAAAGUUUCCCGCUGCCGUCGUUCAACAUCAAGGAUCUGGACACAGUUGACAGAGCCGUGCGCGAGUACUUUGUCAAACAACUGUCUACCUUUAAUUCUUCCGAGUGCAGCAUUCUCAUCGGUCAUAUGCUGGGAGUGGACCACUGCGGCCAUACCUACGGUAGGCAGCACCCAGAGAUGGAUCGGAAGCUGCAGGAACUGGAUGAUCUUUUACGGUGA